AUGAGGACAGAUCCUCCUGAGAUCUACGGAUGGCGCAUCUUCGUUCUGGCAUGUUCAGGUAAGACUGAAAACCAACAUAACCCGGCAGUUGUACAUGAGCUUUGGGGUGGCCCCACAGCAGUCGAAGUGGGGUCGUGUCCUCGAACAUGGGUUGUCCGUGGGUCGGGCUGA